AUGCCUCCGAAAGCACAAGGCAAAGGUGGGGUGGGAGGGAAGAACGCGGCGGCGACAAAGCAGGUGGAGGACCGGACUUUCGGCAUGAAAAAUAAGAAGGGUGCCGUGGCCAAGAAGCAGAUCGCUGCCCUGGAGUCCCAGCUGAAGAGCGGCGGAAAUGCGGAACAAAAGCGAAAAGAGGCCGAGAAGGCGGCACGAGAGCGGGAGAAGAAGGCUGCUGAAGAUGCUAAGCGAGAAGCCGACAUGCUCUUGAGCAGACCGGCGCAGGUGCAAAAGGUUCCCUUUGGCGUCGACCCCAAAACGGUGGUGUGCAUAUUUUUCAAGAAGGGCAACUGCGAGAAGGGAAAGAAGUGCAAGUUUUCCCACGACUUGGAGAUGGAGCGCAAGGUUGAGAAGAAAAGUCUUUACACAGACACCCGUGGAGAUGAGGAAGAGGAGAAGAAAGUGGAGACGUCGGCCGACUGGGACGAGGAAAAGCUCCGGUCAGUCGUUUUGUCGAAGAAGGGCAACCAGCGGACCUCUACCGACAAGGUGUGCAAAUUCUUCAUCGAGGCCAUCGAGGAUGGCAAAUACGGUUGGUUCUGGGUCUGUCCGAACGGCGCAGACAAAUGCAUGUACAAGCAUGCGCUACCACCAGGCUUCGUGCUCAAGACCAAGGAGCAGCGGGCGGCCGAGAAGGCGCUGUUGGACAAGUCGCCACUCAAGACGCUGACCCUGGAAGAGUUUCUGGAGUCAGAACGCCACAAACUGACGGGGCCUUCGACCCCAGUAACACCGGAAACGUUUGCGAAAUGGAAACAGGACCGCAUGGACAAGAAGGCUGCGGAAGAGCAGGCGCGCAAGGCGAAGGAGGCAACCGGUCGUGCGCUGUUCGAAAGCGGAAACUGGCGCAAGGAAGAGGACGACGAAUCCGAGUCAGAGGACGAUGACGACGAUGGCGACGACGACGCAUGGAAUCUCGAAAAGCUGCGCCGGGAGACCGAGGCGUUACGUCAGCAAAAGGAGGACGAACGCUUAGCUUUGCUUUACCAAGGCGGCGGCGUGGGCAUCCCAGUGCCACCCAGCCAGGAAUCUACGGAGGCCGCGGUGUCAGCUGACACAUGA